UUAACUUUAGCGUCCUUUCAAUAUGGUAUGCUAUAUUUAUUAUUCCUCUGUGUAAAUCACAUCAAACAGAAGUGGUGAUUUAACCAAAGUCGACUCUUCUUGUAGAAUGUAGAGAGACUAUGAUUAGGCUUAAAAUUCCUCAAACAUUUGGGGAAUGUCAUAAUCAUUCAUCACUAUUGAUUACAUGACUUGUAAUAUCUACUGGCAACAAUAUGGCGACUAGAAGAUCUGGCAUUCCAGUAAAGUCUGGUAGUGGACUUAAGACGCAGACAAGCGUCGCUUUGCAGUCAAGUUCUCCUCGAACGUCAGGUAUUCCGGUCAAGAAAACGAAGAAUGUGGCUCCCAGCAAAUCAUCCAGCCUGGCUCAAACAAGCAACACUCCAAAACGCGAAGGUGAUUUACAGGAAGAAAUACAAAGGUUGGAGAAUGUCGUGAAAGACAAGGAUUCAGCCAUAAAUGAUCUAAAUGAAAAGUUGAUGGAAAGAAUGAACGAGUGUCAGGUUUUACGCGAGGAGAACGAAGCCGCCAGGGAGAAUAUUAGUUUUUCAACUGACGAAGGGCAAUUACACAAAAUUAAAGAUCUCGAAAAUCUCCUCAGUGAAAAGGAAACAUUCAUUGAAAACAUGCUGAUUAAAAAACAAGAAUUGGAGAGAAAAUUUGAAGUCGAACUGGAUAUGUUGAAAAACCAACACGAAAUUGAGAUGCUUUCGUUGCAACAGCGUUUAGAAGAGAAACAUGAAGAAAAGAUGGAUGAACUGCAAGAAAUGCUGAAAAAUCAAACAACGGUUAACGACCAACUUCAGCGAGAGAUCAGUGGAAACCAUGACCAAAAAUCUUCAACAGAAAUUAAUCGACUUCACGAGGAACUGAUGAGCACGAAAUUGAGGUAUGAAAACCAGAUUUCUGAAUUGAAGCAAGAAUUGGAGAUGGAGCAAUCAGAAAAAGAUGAUUUGAUCGUCAAGCAGGAGAAUAGCAGGAAAGAGAUUGACAGCGUUGAGGAAAGGCAUAAAGAAGAAACAGAAACGCUAAAAUACAUCAUUCAGGAGAAGGAUAUGCUGAUUGAUGAGUUGAAAAACACGACAGAGAACGGAGAUGAAAAAACGCUCGACACUAAGCUUUAUUCUAAAGAAGAUGUUACAAAGAAGCUCGAGGAAUUGCGACGGGAACUUACGACGGAGCACGAGCAUAAUUUGGAGUUAGCUAAUGAACUGUGGAGGAAAAAAUUUGAGGAACAAGGUACAGAUUCAGACAAAAAUGUUGAGAAAACGGACAAGUUGCUUGACGAGAUUUCAGAUCUGAAAGACCAGUUGCAAGAGGCCAAUGAUUUAAAUGAUGAACAGACGGAAAUCUUGGAAGUUCAAGAGAAAGAUAUCGAGGAAUUGAAGGAGAGCAACAAAGAAUUCCAAGAAAGAUACACAACUCUUUAUCAUGAAAUGGAGUCAAAAUGGCAGAACGAGUUUAGCGAGAGUGAGAUUAUUGAAAAAAUAAAAAGCCAUUACGAAUUGGAAAUUGAACGUCUUCAUGGAGAGUUGGAAGAUAUUCAAAAUGAAAACAGUAAUCUUAAAACUGAGGUAGAUUUGAUGGCUCAUGACUUUGAUGGAAGUCAUUCGAGGGCAGGUGCUCCCGUCAGAAAAUCCUCGUUCACUGCCAGGUUGGAUAUGAAAGCAGAGAUUGAAGAUUAUAAAGUGCAAAUAGCAGCACUUGAACGCGAUCUUCAGCAUGCUUUAAACCAAAACGAGAGAUUGAAAAUUGAGAGCGGAGCAAGAAACGAAGCCGGGAAUGAAUCUAAACUUGAGGAACUUUGCCAGUUCAGUAACAUGAUCGAUGAACUUCAAACAGAACAAGUCGAGCUCCGUGAUAAGCUUGAGAAAAGUAAAACAGAUAAGAGAGAACUUGAAAGAGAUUUGAAAAGUCGGGAUGAAGAAAGAAAGAAAUUUGAGGAGGAAAUGAAUGCAAAGAUAAAGGAAAUUGAUUUACUUAAAGAUGAACACAAAAAGAAUAUUGAAACAUCUGAGGUGAAGCUUUUGAAACUGGAAAAAAGUGUUGAUGAAUUAACAAAUAAAUGUGAGAGAAGUGAAAAUGAACUUACAAGGAUGAGAGAGACCUUAGAAAACUCGGAAAACCACGAGCGUGAUUUGGAGGAAGCUCUUCAAGAGUUCAGGGACAAGGAGGAGACAAUGACUAAAAAACUUCAAGAAGCUAAAUGUAAAAUUUCUACUCUCGAGGAUCAGUUAAGUAAGAUGAAUUCAGAACGGGAAGGCGCUGGGGAAUCAAAUAAGGUGAAAGAACUGGAAGAACAACAAGUGACUGAAGCAAGAAAAAGAGUGACUGAGUUAGAAAAAAUGUUAGCUCAAAGCAGAAUGGCCAGCGAAGCAUUACAGAUGAAAUAUGAUAAACUUUUGUCGGAGGGGGAAACAAAAACGUCUAGAAUUCAUGAACUUGAGGCGGCUUUGAGUCAGCAUGAGAAUAACUUGAAUCCUGAGUUUAAGAACGACGGAAUUUUAACAACAGACGAUGUUGGAGAGCGUGGUGAAGUCGAGAUGCGACAAGCAAAUGAGGAAUACGAGUGUCUGAAGAAGAAAUACGAUCAAGAGAACGAAGCGAACAGUCUCAGGAUCAGCGAGAUAGAAACGUUAUUUCGGCAGAAAAACAUGGAAUAUGAGACACUUAAUGUGAAAUAUAACGAACAAUGCAAGAAAAACGAGAGUUACGAAUCCAGGGUUGUUUUCCUUGAAGCAGAAAUAAAUGAGCAAAAAUCUAAAUUCGUUGAAGUGGAAAGUUUAAAUAGUAAUUUGCAAAAUGAAAAUACAGCAAUGAAGUCGAGGGCUCGUGAGCUUGAAGCUUCUUUGGAGAAGUCCCAGGAUGAAUGUGUCAAAUUGACUUCGGGAGGAAAUGAAAGAUAUGAAAAGUUUUUGGAAGAAGAUAAGUUGAAAGAUACAAAAAUUGACGACUUAACGAGAGAGAGCAGUCAAUCGCGAAAACAAAUCACAGCUUUUGAGAAGAAAGUGGCAAUUCAGGAAAGAGAGAAAAAGAGUUUGGAGGAGAAGAUUUGUUUGUUUCGUAAAGAAAUGGAGGAACGGAAUGAAGAGGUUGAAAAUUUGAAAGAGAAAUGCGAGUCCUACCUCGCGAAAAACAAAGAGCUGAAGGAAAUAGUGGAAACUCUGAAAAACAGUGAAGAAACGUUGAGAACAUACAAAGAACGAAAUCAAGAGUUGUUGAGUGUCAUUGAAGAAGCAACUCGUGAGAAAAAACAUAUGCUCGCUAAACAAACACUGCUGAUUGAAGAGAAUGAGGGACUCAAAGAUGAGAAAGACACGCUUAAAAACGAAAUGGAAGUUUAUGAAAGUGCGAGGGAGAAGGAUACUUCGACUCACGAGCAGAAAUUUGAAACACUACAAAAGAAGUUGAAAGAAAAAGACAGAGUUGUGAACGAGACAAAGAAACACUGCAGACAGCUCAAGGACAGUGAAAAGGAUUUGAAACAGAGAGUGGAUGAGAGAGAAGAGAAAUGUUUAGAGUUUGAAGGAAAAGUUGAGGAAUUAAACGGGAAGUUAAAACACUUGUUAAAAGAGAAAGAAGAUGGGGAUAAAACAAGAAAACAAAGUAGAGAUUUGAAAGAAAGCCUUGAAGAAAAGAACAAGAAAUGUUUGGAUCUAAAAGAAAGACUUGAUCACACGAAUGGCGAGAAUACAAAGUUGAAGCAACUACUUGAAGAAACGAAGAUAAACCACAGUGAAAAUGAGCAGGCCUGGCAAGAAGAAAUAGCAAGGCAGAAGAACACUUUCGCUCGUGAGUUAGAAAAUAUCCAAGAAAAUACGAAGCAGUCAGCUCAGGAAAGCGGCAACGAAAGUGAGGAAUUACGUCGAGAGAUGUCUCGACUCAGUCAGGAGAAUCAUGCAUUGAAGAUACGACUGGACGACUUGGCGAUUGAAGUCAGCAAAGAAAAGGAAGAAAAAUAUAAAAUGGAGAAAUUAAAAGAUCAGUUUAGGUUUCGAAUGCAAGGAAUACAGGAAAGAUUCGAGGCUGAAAACGAGAAGAUGGCUACGCUUCAAGACGAACAACGACGAGGAAAGAAAAAGAUAAAUGAAGAGAGGAAUAAACUGCUGGAGACACUGAAUGAAUACGAAUCAAAGAAUAUCAAGUUGAUUUCUGACAUUGAGAAAGCAUCCAGCGUUUUGAUAACAACCAAAGAGAAGUACGCGAAACUGAAAGAAAAAUACAGCGCGCUUGCUAAAAAAUACACCAAGUUAAACAAAGAAAAGAUGAACAAAUCCGACGUACAGGUUGGACCUGAUGCAAGCGUUGAUUUAAGUCUUGUUGUGGAAGAUUUACAGCAUAAAAGCAGCGAGGAAACGAGCUUGAAAUUACGAGCUGAGUUGGACAGACUACAAGAAGAAGUCGGGAGAAACGAGUAUCAGGUGAAAGCUGUGAGAAAGGCGAACGUUGUUUUGAUGAAACAAAGUCGGUGUUUGUAUCAAGAAUCCGAGGAGCAUAAACGAGUAGACGAGGAAAGGAGGCAGGAGCUCCAUAAAUAUCGUGAAAUGGAAACGACUUUACAAAACGAGAAUGAAACGUUGAAAAAGCGACGGGAAAUGUUGGAAGAACAAAUUACAAAAUUACAAGAAGAGACAGCUAAACUGAGACAAGAGAAUGAUGAAUAUUUCCUAGCGAAAAAUAAGACUGAAAUAAGACUAGGGGAACAAGCCAGCGAAUGUGUUUUACAUUCUCGUCAGCUAGAAAGAUUAAAAAGAGAAAAUGAGUUUUUAUACAACCAAGGCAGAAAGCUGCAAGCUGAAUUGGACGUCGGUAGAAUGAAAUCGAUGAAUGUGACGGCUGGUAAACCGGAUGAAAAGGAGAACUUCCUCCACGGUUAUGAGACGGAGGCAUUGAAAUACCAAGAAGGAAAGGAAACUGUUACAAACAUUGAAACAAGAAAAUUGUUGCAAGGUUUGAAACUGAGUGAAUCUGUGAACAGUAACGCGUAUGAACUAAAAAAUUACACCCCUCCAGUGUUCAACAAUGAAAUAACUCUUGGAGAUAAGGUUGUUGAACUUUCAAAGAAUAACGCAGACACAGCGUCGUCUCCUUCACACAAGAAUUACUCCGGAAAAGACACAAACCUGCAGAUUUCAAGAAAUAUUAUCAACAACGAUUUUGUCACUGAGAAAUAUCUUGGAAAAACCUACUGGGAUACCCUGGAGUUUUUAAAGAAAAAAUAGCGUAGUUUAAUUAAGAAA